AUGCCUCAUCCAUUACAUGAUGGCGUUCCCGAUGGGACAACCAGUGCUCAUGUCGCUGACGGUGACGUUGAAAAACAAGAAUCCGAGGAUGGAUUAGACGGCGCAAGCCGAAGAGUGGCUAGUGAAAAGCGUACCUCAGAUGGCGGAGUGAUACUCACAGAGCAAGAUGUGUAUGAUAAGUUGGGUUUCACCUUCCCCUUCUGGAAGAAAUGGGGGAUCCUUAGUGUGAUUUUUCUUGUUCAAGUAUCAAUGAACUGGAAUGCUAGCUUUUAUGCUGGUGCUGUGGGCGGAUUGUCGACUCACUUCCAUAUUUCCAAGCAAGCUGCACGUGUUGGGCAGAUGAUUUUUCUAGUCUGCUACGGCUUUGGCAGUGAACUAUGGGCUCCAUGGAGUGAAGAAAUGGGCCGGUGGCCGAUCAUGCAGCUCAGUUUGUUUUUCGUGAACAUCUGGCAGAUACCUUGUGCCCUGGCGCCAAAUUUUGGCACUAUUGUCGUGUGCCGAGCUCUUGGUGGUCUUUCUUCUGCUGGUGGCUCUGUCACUCUUGGUAUGGUUGCUGAUAUGUGGGAGCCGGAUAAUCAGCAAUAUGCCGUCGCAUUUAUUGUGCUGUCUUCGGUCGCGGGAUCAGCAUUUGCGCCUAUUGCAGGUGGUCCUGUUACUGAGUGGCUAAGUUGGCAUUGGAACUUUUGGAUCCAGCUGAUUAUCGGCGGUACUGUUCAAGCCAUUCACUUUUGGGUUCCUGAGACACGUUGCAGCAUUCUCGUGACUCGGGAAGCCCAGAAGCGUCGCAAGAAGGGUGAAAACGUUUACAGCUACAGCGAAGUCAGUAACACAAAAUUUGCCUGGAGACCAAUCAUCACAGUGUGGCUUCGCCCUUUCCUUAUGUUUGCGCGAGAACCAAUUGUGCUGUGGCUAUCUUUGCUAUCUGGGUUCUCCGAUUCUCUGAUCUUCACUUUUCUUCAAGCCUACACACCGGUCUACCAGCAAUGGGGCUUUGGAGAUGUCCGUCUAGGCUUAUGCUUUGUUACAAUCAUCGUCGGAUACUUCCUCGCGUAUCUCUCGUUCUUACCAUGGAUCUACAAACACACAAAGAUUCGAAAACGAGACCCAGAUGCGCUUCAACCGGAGUCUCGCCUAUACUGGCUGUUGUGGACUGCGCCACUGGAGACUAUAGGCCUGUUCGGAUUCGCUUGGACCAGUUUAGGCCCGCCUCAUGUCCACUGGAUAGCGCCGAUGAUAUUCUCCUGCUGCAUCGCUAUAGCUAACUAUGCAAUCUACAUGGCUACAAUCGAUUAUAUGGUCGCCGCUUAUGGACCGUAUUCCGCUUCGGCUACAGGUGGAAACGCAUUGGCUCGAGAUUUCCUUGCUGGUAUUGCUGCAAUGUAUUCAAACCCUAUGUAUGAGCACAUGGGCCACAAAUAUCACUUAGAAUGGCCGACAACUUUGCUGGCUAUUCUUUGUAUUUUCAUCACUGGUCCAAUUUACAUAUUUUAUUGGUACGGUCCGACUAUCAGAGAAAGGUCCAAGUUUGCUCAGGUGCUCGCGAGCGAUCGCCGAGCCAAGGGCGAAAGAGCUGUCCGCUGCGGUUCGCAAACUCAAGGUGCGGAGGCUGUUUAUUUGGGCCCAGAGAAUGCUCAUACAGGCUCUCUACGUGGCACUCGCGGAUCCGCCUCUUCAUGUCCUGCAUGA